AUGCCCUUUACUCAAACUGCAGCAAAUUCUGUGGCCAACAUUGGCACUUAUAACGAUGUAUCGGGAAAUCAGUAUAUAACGACGGUGCACCAGGACUCUGGGGACGAUGCCAUCUUGGCUAAACUCAAUCCGGUGGAUCACAAUCGUCAUUACGUUCAACCGUGUAUGGAGGGCACCCGCAAGGACAUUUUUGAAACGAUCAAUGAUUGGCUUGAUGAUCCCAAUGCUCACAAAAAUAUUCUUUGGAUUAAGGGCAGCCCCGGAGCUGGCAAAUCGGCAAUCGCAUCUAGCUUGGUCUCUCAGCUCAGAGCUGCACGUCGUUUGGGCGGAUCUUUCUCUUUUCGCAGGGGCGAUACUAUUUUGAGCAACCCAGCCUCUCUCUGGCGCACUGUAGCAUUUGAUCUCGCCCGUUUUAAUUCUGACUUCGCGUCUGCCAUCGUCAGUGCUCUCAAAGACGGACGCGUGGAUCCACUAAGGCCUGAUAUUAAGAACCACUUUGAUGUUCUUAUCAAACAGCCUUUGAAGUCGGUACAACAGGAUCAAAGGUACAGACGUAUCAUGCAGUUAGUCGCCAUUGCAAGGGCUCACUUAUUGUUUUUGGUUAUUUAUAGCUAUCUAGCUGUCGUCGUGGACGCUUUGGACGAGUGUGGCGAUGCAUCCAAGAACCCGCAGCGCAAAAAUCUCAUCAGCACCCUCACUCAAUGGUCUACUUUUCACAAGACCAUGAAGUUGAUCAUCACGAGCCGAGACGAUCGUUUACCAGAAUCUUUCCGUGAGGUCUGUCAACAAAUUGUUCUCCCCACAGGAGACAAAGUGACACCUACAGCAUCGGCGGACAUUGAUAUGUUCUUUACUGCGCGUUUUGAAGAACUGAAAGAAGACUUUCCUUCGUUAGCACAAGCUGGCUGGCCUGGAUCGCCUGUGAUGCACCAGUUAACAACUCGUGCAGCAGGUCUUUUCAUCUGGGCCGAGACUGUAAUGCGAUUCAUCGAGGAGGGAAAUCCAGAAGAACUAUUGACAAUGUUGCUUUCAGGUGGCGCUGUCACGGGUCAAGAUGAUGUCAACAAUCUUUAUCGCCAGGUGGCUACACAUGCCUUGGUUGAUAUUCAAAAGCAUGAAAGUAGCCAAAUUGCGCUACAACCACUGCUCCGGAGCAUAGUUUUUGCCAAAGUCCCGUUGUCACGCGAUCAGCUGCAAUAUUUCAUGGUAGUAGCAGUGUCAGAGACAGCUAUUGAUCUCGUUUUGCGAGAUUUCAAGUCUGUGAUUACAAUCGACGAGGACCGAACAGUUCGGAUCAGCCAUCUCUCAUUUGUAGAGUUCUUGUUGGAGUCUGAUCUAUGCCCAGAGCUACUCCAUAUUCCUGGAGAAACGGCGGCUGCAGGAAACUUAGACUUCCUACGUUCCUGUUUGCGAAUUAUGGCUGAUCCAAAUUAUGGCUUGAGGUUCAAUAUCUGCAUGUUGGAAACAUCUUACCGUCGCAACGAAGAUAUCGACGAUCUGGAAUACCGUAUAAAGAAGUAUAUAGCUGGGCACCUUUCAUAUGCAUGUCGGUAUUGGGGCCCUCAUCUUGUUGACGCAGUGAAGUGUCUGUCUGAUUGCGAUUGGCUUCUGGGCAUGUUAUGGGCAUUUUUCAGGAAACAGUUAUUGCAUUGGUUGGAAGUGACGAGCUUGCAUCAUGACACAGGGAAUGCGCUGACCAUGCUUGAUCUAUUAGUUCCUAUACUGCUGGUAGGUUGUCGCGCGUUGUUUACUCGGUACUACUUAGAAAACAAACUUCUUUUGCUUCUUACACAGGACGUUGCCACUGACUUGGGGAUAUUUGCACAAGAUGCUCGACAAUUCAUUGCUCACUUCGAAACUCCAAUUUCGGAGAGUGUGCCUCAUAUCUAUAUAUCUGCUCUGCCGCUCGCACCAGAGGGCUCGCUAGUGUCCCAGACAUACCUACCGCACUUUCAGAAUACACUGGAAGUUGUCUCAGGCAAAGACAAAAAGUGGACCGCUCUUCUAAAUGUUCUCAAGGGGCAUAAAGGCGAUAUCAAAUGCGUUGCAUUUUCGCCAGAUGGUUUGAGGAUCGCUUCAGGCUCUCAUGAUAACACUAUUAUAAUUUGGGAUGUGUUCUCUGGACAUAUGUUGGGUAGCAGCCCAUUGGAAGGUCAUAGUGAACCGCUGGCAUCUAUUACAUUCUCACCGGAUGGUUCUAUACUUGCUUCAAGCUCUCUGGAUCAUACCAUCAGGAUUUGGAGUGUUGUUUCUGGUCAGCCGUUGGUUGACCCGAUUUUAACCUACACUCCAUGGGUGCAUUCUAUUGUGUUCUCCUCAGACGGGUCAAAAUUUACUUCCGGCUCUGAUGGUAAGAUCAGUACUUGGGAGACAGCUUCUGGUCUUUUGACGGCGAGCCCCUUUGAGGGCUAUGAUGAUCAUACGGCGUCUAUGUUAUCACCAGGUGGAUUCAAGCUUGCUUUGGGGCUUCCUGAUAACACUAUCGAAAUCUGGGAAGUAGCCUCCGGUAAAUUGAUGACUCGGCCGUUGCAAGGGCACAGCGACAGAGUUGGCUCUAUUACAUUCUCAUCAGACGAGUCAACGAUUGCUUCUGGAUCAUAUGAUAAAACUGUAAGGAUUUGGGAUGUUGUCUCCGGGAAUUUGGUGGUUGGCCCGCUGCAUGGCCACAAUGGUUAUGUCUGGUGUAUCGCAUUCUCACCAGAUGGAUCCAAGAUUGCUUCAGGUUCCAUAGAUUGUACCGUCAGAGUUUGGGAUACAAUUUCUGGCCAGCUAAUUGCGGGUCCAUUUCAAGGCCAUAACAGUGGUGUCAGAUCUAUCACAUUCUCACCAGACGGAUUAAGGCUUGCUUCAGGAUCCCUUGAUAAAACUAUCAGAAUUUGGGAUGUCUCUGGCCUUCUGAUGGCUCGACCAGAAGAGUACAAUCAUGAUAUCACAUCCUUGGCGUCCUCACCACAUGACUUAAAACCUGUUUCACCCUCAACUACUAAACUUAGGAAUAUUACUAGAAGAGCUGGUCCGUUGGCUACUGGCUUAUUUCAAGGGCAUGAAAGUCGUGUAACCUCUAUUGCAUUUUCACCAAAUGAAUCAAGAUUGGUCUCAGGCUGUAAUGACACUUAUGUCAGAAUAUGGGAGAGUACUUCAGGUCAACUUCUGGUUGGUCCACUUCAGGGCCACAAGGGUUAUGUGCACUCCGUUGCUUUCUCACCAGAUGGCACAAAAAUUGCUUCUGGAUCUAGUGACAGGACAAUAAGAAUCUGGAAUGUGUCUGGUGAACUGGUUGCUGGCCCACUUGAAGGUCAUCACAGUGGUGUCCACUCUGUUGCAUUUUCACCUAAUGGAUUACAGCUUGCUUCAGGAUCUGGUGAUAAGACUAUCAGAAUCUGGGAUGUGCUUUCAGGCCAGUUAUUAGUUAAUCCAUUCCAAGGCCACUGUCAACGUGUAUUAUCUGUUGCUUUCUCACCAGAUGGAUCAAAGCUGGCUUCCGCUUCUUAUGAUACAACUGUAAGGAUCUGGGACCUUACUGGCCAACUUAUAGCUGGUCCAUUUCAUUGUGGUGUGGGCUCUCUCUCAUUUAUUGCAUUCUCACCAGAUGGAUUGAAGCUAGCUUCAGGCUCUCUGGAUAAAACUGUCAGAAUCUGGGAUGUAAUAGCUGGAAAAGUAAUAGCUGGCCCAUUAGAGCAUAAUGGAAUUGUCACAUCAGUGUUAUUCUCACCAGAUGGCUCCAAACUUGCUUCAGGUUCUUCAGAUCAGACUAUCAGAAUCUGGGACUGUGGCUCUUGGCUACUAAUUGGCCAAUGUAUAAGCCACAGUAGUAGUGUCACAUCUAUUGCAUUUUCACCAGAUGGAUUAAAGCUGGCCUCUGGCUCUGGUGACAAAACUAUCAGAAUUUGGAACAUUGCUAGUCAGCCUGUAGCCAAUUUAGUCGCAGACCAACAGGCCCUCAAUGAUGGUUCAACUGCUGUUACAUUAUCACCAACUGGAUCCAAACUUGCCAAACUCCAUAAACUGGGUGACUUGGAUAUCAUGGUAUACAUGAACUCUUUUCCAGAUGACUCUGGAUGGAUUUUAUUCAAAGGCAUUACACUUCAAAAAAAGCUUCUGUAUUGGAUACCACCAUCAUGUCUUCAGAGCUGGAGUGACUUUCGCACUACUCUAGUUAUUCCUCAACCUGAGUUUCAUAUAUCAUAUAAGCACUUUGUGCAUGGGAUUAAAUGGACAUCAUGCUAUACUGGUGGGGCUGGAAAAGGUUAG